AGGUCGCGGGCAGAGGAGGAGGAGUUUGUUAAUGUUCAGUUUGUUCAGCGGGAUCGAUGUUUGCUGGCAUCGCCUCGCCCUGUCUUGUGUGUGUGUGUGAGCGUGUGUGUGUGUGUUUGUGUGUGUGAGUGUGCAUAUGUGGGGGGUGUGAGUGCGUGUGUGAGAGGAAGCGGGAGUACGUGUGAGUGUGUGUGUCUGUGUGCGUGUGUGUGCGUGUGUGUGUGAGAGAGUGAGUGAAUUCCAGAUUUUCAGUCUUUCCAAAACCCGCUCCUGUCCUCUCGCAUAUCACUCACAGACGGGGAUCUGACAGCAGACACAGACCUACAGAGAGUGAUCUCUCUCCCCCCUGCGCGGAUCCGCCAUCGAGAUCGGCACGGAGGAGGAGGAAGAGGAGAAGAAGGAGGAGGAGGAGGGAAAGAGGAGAAGGAAGAAGAAGAAAAAGAAGAAGAAACCCACUACCUUCCCAGGAUUGCCUUUUUCCUUAUCUUUACGCGCGCGUGUGCGUGUGCCGCGUGCGCCCCUCGUCCCUUCCAUCUGAACCCGGUCUUGGAUGUUUAAUAAAGAAAUCAAGUGUCUCAACAGUCACCUAAAAAAAAAAAGCAAAAACAAAACAAAAAAAAAUCCAAAAGCCAAAACAAAAAGAGAAAGAGAGAGGAAAAAAAAAACCAAAACAAACAAACAAACAAGGCAGAACCAACCUCUACUUCAACCCAGCCGGCACAAGCCACCCGUGUCUGCCACCCGGAGAGGGGGGUCUCUGGCCCGUGGUGGAGGAGUUGCAGGGGGGAUCGUCAGGGGGACUGAGGCCGAGUGACGUCCUAGGAGCCACCGGGCGAGAGGCGGAGGAGACCCAGAGAGGCCAGAGAGACAGCGGGCCCCCGCGCGCGGCUCGGGGCUGGGGCGCCAGAAGUGGGACUGGAGCGGAGUAGAGCGAUGCCAAGGAGGAAACAGCAGGCACCCAAGCGGGCGGCAGGCUAUGCCCAGGAGGAACAGCUGAAAGAGGAGGAGGAAAUAAAAGAAGAGGAGGAAGAGGAGGAGGACGGCGGUUCCGUGGCUCAAUUUCAGGGUGGCAAUGACACGGGGACAGACGAGGAGGUAGAGACAGGCACGGAGCAGAAAGGCUGCUUCAGCUACCAGAACUCUCCGGGAAGUCACUUGUCCAAUCAGGACGCUGAGAAUGAAUCUCUGCUGAGCGAUGCCAGCGACCAGGUGUCAGACAUCAAGAGCAUCUGUGGCCGGGAUGCCUCGGACAAGAAAGCAAACCCUCUCCCCAAGCUUCCGAGCGAAGCCCACAAUUGCAUGGAUAAAAUGACGGCCGUCUACGCCAACAUCUUGUCUGACUCCUACUGGUCGGGCCUGGGCCUCGGCUUCAAGCUGUCCAGUGCUGAGCGGCGGAAUUGUGACGCCCGGAACGGCAGCAGCAAGAAUGAUUUCGAUUGGCACCAAGACGCUCUGUCCAAAAGCCUGCAGCAGAACUUGCCCUCCCGGUCCGUGUCGAAGCCCAGCCUGUUCAGCUCGGUGCAGCUGUACCGGCAGAACAGCAAGGUGUGCGGCACCGUGUUCACGGGCGCCAGCAGGUUCCGCUGCCGCCAGUGCAGUGCCGCCUACGACACCCUGGUCGAGCUGACCGUGCACAUGAACGAAACGGGCCACUACCAAGACGACAACCGCAAAAAGGACAAGCUCAGACCCACGAGCUAUUCCAAGCCCCGGAAAAGGGCCUUUCAGGACAUGGACAGGGAGGACGCUCAGAAGGUUCUCAAGUGCAUGUUUUGCGGCGACUCCUUCGACUCCCUCCAAGACCUGAGCGUCCACAUGAUAAAAACAAAACAUUACCAAAAAGUGCCUUUGAAGGAGCCGGUACCCACCAUUUCCUCGAAGAUGGUCACCCCGGCGAAGAAACGCGUCUUUGACGUCAAUCGGCCGUGUUCCCCGGAUUCCACCACGGGGUCCUUUGCAGAGUCCUUUCCCGCCCAGAAGAGCGCCGCCCUGCAGGCGUCCUCCUGUAACAACCGCUACGGCUACCAGAACGGCGCCAGCUACACCUGGCAGUUCGAGGCCUGCAAGUCCCAGAUCCUGAAGUGCAUGGAGUGUGGCAGCUCCCACGACACCUUGCAGCAGCUCACCACCCACAUGAUGGUCACCGGUCACUUUCUCAAGGUCACCAGCUCUGCCUCCAAGAAGGGGAAGCAGCUGGUGUUAGACCCGCUGGCGGUGGAGAAGAUGCAGUCCCUGUCGGAGGCUCCAAACAGCGACUCCCUGGCCCCCAAGCCAUCGAGUAACUCAGCAUCUGACUGUACAGCCUCCACCACCCAGCUGAAGAGAGAGAGUAAAAGAGAAAGACCGGAGGAAACCGGCAGGGAUGACAAAGUCGUGAAAAGUGAAGAGUAUGAAGACCCUUUGCAAAAGCCCUUAGACCCUACAGUAAAAUACCAGUAUCUGAGGGAGGAGGAUUUGGAAGACGGCUCGAAAGGUGGAGGGGACAUUUUGAAAUCUUUGGAAAAUACUGUUACCACAGCCAUCAACAAAGCCCAAAACGGGGCUCCGAGCUGGAGCGCGUACCCCAGCAUCCACGCGGCCUACCAGCUGUCCGAGGGCACCAAGCCGCCCUUGCCCAUGGGAUCGCAGGUCCUGCAGAUUCGACCUAAUCUCACUAACAAGUUGAGGCCCAUUGCACCCAAGUGGAAGGUGAUGCCGCUCGUUCCUGUGCCCACGAACCUGGCCCCAUACACCCAGGUCAAGAAGGAGUCGGAGGACAAAGAGGAAGGUGGGAAGGAGUGUGGGAAGGAAAGUCCCCACCAAGAGGCCUCACCCUUCAGCCACAGUGAGGGGGAGUCCUUCUCCAAAAGUGAAACACCUGUAGAACCCAAAAAGGCUGAGCCGUGUCCCCUGAAGGAGGAGGACAAGCUGAUGAAGGAGGGUGGUGAGAAAGAGAAACCCCAGUCCCUGGAGCCCACGUCUUCUCUUAGCAAUGGCUGUGCCCUGGCCAACCACACCGCAGCCCUCCCGUGCAUCAACCCGCUCAGUGCCCUGCAGUCCGUCUUGAACAAUCACCUGGGUAAAGCCACCGAACCCUUGCGCUCACCUUCCUGCUCCAGCCCAAGCUCAAGCACAAUGUCUAUGUUUCACAAGUCGAAUCUCAGUGUCAUGGACAAGCCAGUGUUGAGUCCCGCAUCCACGAGGCCGGCCAGCGUGUCCAGGCGCUAUCUGUUUGAGAACAACGACCAGCCCAUCGACCUGACCAAAUCCAAAAGCAAGAAAGCCGAGUCCUCGCAAGCACAAUCCUGUACGUCCCCGCCUCAGAAGCACGCUCUGUCUGACAUCGCCGACAUGGUCAAGGUCCUCCCCAAAGCCACCACCCCAAAGCCCGCUGCUUCUUCGAGAGUCCCUCCCAUGAAGCUGGAGAUGGAUGUCAGGCGCUUCGAGGAUGUCUCCAGUGAAGUGUCGACUUUGCAUAAGAGAAAAGGCCGGCAGUCCAACUGGAACCCUCAGCAUCUUCUGAUCUUGCAAGCUCAGUUCGCCUCAAGCCUCUUCCAGACAUCAGAGGGCAAAUACCUGCUGUCUGAUCUGGGCCCGCAAGAGCGUAUGCAAAUCUCGAAGUUUACGGGACUCUCCAUGACCACAAUCAGCCACUGGCUGGCAAACGUCAAGUACCAGCUUAGGAAAACGGGUGGGACGAAAUUUCUGAAAAACAUGGACAAAGGCCACCCUAUCUUUUAUUGCAGUGACUGCGCCUCCCAGUUCAGAACCCCUUCUACCUACAUCAGUCACUUGGAAUCUCACCUGGGUUUCCAAAUGAAGGAUAUGACCCGAAUGGCAGUGGAUCAGCAGAGCAAGGUGGAGCAGGAGAUCUCCCGGGUAUCGUCGGCUCAGAGGUCCCCGGAGACAAUAGCUGGCGAAGAGGACACAGACUCUAAAUUCAAGUGUAAGUUGUGCUGUCGGACAUUUGUGAGCAAACAUGCGGUAAAACUCCACCUAAGCAAAACGCACAGCAAGUCACCCGAGCACCAUUCACAGUUUGUAACAGACGUGGAUGAAGAAUAGCUCCGCAGGACAAAUGCCUUAGUUUCAACUUUCCAGCCUGGAUGCCCCUCACUCUGCACCACCCUGCUUCUGACAUUGAACUCACUGAACAAGUCCUGACACCCUGGCUCCAAGAAGACCCGCCAAAAAAAAAAAAAAAAAAAAUCACCCCAGCCAUUUCUCUUCAUCCUCACUAACGAUUUGGUAAUGAAGUAUUGAUUUCCACUUCUCUGCUUACGGAUGAUAUUAGAUUUUCAUUGAUAAACUGCAAUGGGGCUGUCUUCUCUCCGCUGUCCCCUUUUCACUGUCACAAGGAAACAAAGUGCCACCGAGGAAAAAUAAUGACUGAGAACACUGCUGUACUUAUUUCCUCUGUUUGUAACAGGAAGGGGUGGGG